UCGGCGGCUGCCGGGUAACAUGGUUACAUGUCAGAGAGUAACACUUGAUCAUGGAACAUGGACUGAAGCGAAGGCGACCGACUCGGCUGCAACAGCAGCAUCAGCCGCAGCCGCCCGGAGAGGCUCCGGUGCAAUGAAUCCCACCGCGGCCAGGUUCUGCCUGCAGGAAGGCGAGAAGGAAGAGGAGAAACCUGCCUUUGGUGUGUGUCGGCGGCGCUGUUAGAGAGCAGCCACUUCCAUGUCCGUCUGAUCCCUUGGGCUGGAGGCAGGCUGCGGCUGGGAUGGCCGGGAGGGCUGCCUCCUUGGGGUAUUGAACGGUUUGCCUUUUCCCGCUGGGCUCUGGACUGGCUGCUCCUCCUCCUUGUGGGCUCACCAUGACGGGGUCCCGUGCCAAUCCUUCCCGCAACCCCCACCCCAAAGGAGACAAAGGGGGCCGCUCGAGGAGCUCCCACGCCCGGCCCGUCAGUACCGUGAACAAUGGUGGUUCGGAAGAGGAAGACAAAGAUGGAGGGGUGGUUUUCCUUGUCAACAAGAGUGGCUUCCCCAUCGAUGGGCACACCUGGGAGAGGAUGUGGGGCCACGUGGCCAAGAUACAUCCUUCCGGCAGGGAGAUGGUGGAGACCAUAAGGAACGCUGCCUACCUGGCAAAACCUUCUGUUCCAUCCGUGCCAAACUACAGGGCUUCCAUGACGAUCCCAGAAUGGCUUCAGGCAAUACAGAAUUACAUGAAGAUGCUCCAAUACAAUCACACAGGAACUCAAUUCUUUGAAAUUAGGAAAUCAAGACCUUUAAGUGGGCUAAUGGAAUCUGCAAGAGAAAUGACCAGGGAAUCUUUACCUAUCAAAUGCCUUGAAGCAGUUAUCCUUGGGAUAUACUUAACCAAUGGGCAGCCUUCUGUGGAACGAUUCCCAAUCAGCUUUAAAUCCCAUUUCUCAGGGAACAAUUUUCAUCAUGUGGUGCUUGGAAUUUAUUUCAAUGGCCGAUAUGGGUCACUGGGCAUGAGCCGAAGAUCGGAGCUGAUGGACAAACCAUUGAUCUACCGGAAUCUGAGUGACCUCAUCUUUGAAUUUGAAGAGUCUUAUAAAAAGUACUUACACUCUGUAAAGAAAGUGAAAAUCGGAUUGUAUGUCCCCCAUGAGCCGCACAGCUUUCAGCCCAUUGAGUGGAAGCAGUUGGUGCUCAAUGUGUCAAAGAUGAUGCGGUCGGAGAUAAGGAAGGAGUUGGAAAAAUAUGCCAGGGAUAUGAGGAUGAAGAUUUUGAAGCCUGCAAGUGCCCAUUCCCCAGUCAAGCAGAGAUCACGAGGGAAGUCUUUGUCCCCACGAAGAAGACAAACCAGCCCUCAGAGGCGGGCCUGCCGAAGAGACAAAUCGCCGGCUGCGCUGGACAAGAAAGUGAGCGAACUCUCUACACUGAAUGAAGUCGGUUACCAGCUACGCAUCUGAGAAGAUUCGAGGCCGAACCAGUUGGCUUCCAAGGUGCUUCUUACUGCACUUUACCCUGUGAUCUGUGGACAAAGAUGGAGGGGAAAAGGGAACUGCAAAUAUUUAUUAUGAACGUUAAGGAUUUGACAUUAUGUUUUCAUCUAGAAAUUAGGAAUCCCGGCUGUGAUUGUGGUGAAAUUUUUGAUUUUUAAUUUUUUUUUCAAUUCAUGAAGUGGAAUCAAGGAAAACAGAAGUUAUAUAUAUAAAAAGUCUUUGCCUAUAAUAAUGGUUUUUUAUUCUCCAUUGUGUCUAAGAUGGGAACUGAUUGUGUGGCUUGGUUUUCAUUCGGAUUGAUAUCAUGGUUUUUGUAGUGGCUAUUUUGCAUUAGCUUUGGAACAUUGUGUAAAGUCUGUAGGAUUUAGGAGUGGCAACAAUGAAAGUAUAUUUCUUCGUGGAUUUUGAAAUAUCUGGGGUGUGCUAUGUCAAGUCCAAGAAAGGCAGAAUUCAUCUGGAACCUGCCUUGUACAAGCCCCAUUGAAAAAAAGGGGAUUUAUUAAAAUGGUGUUGGUUUUAAUGGAGCUCAGCCUAAGAGAUUUUUGACUGGCAGGCUGGGUCUCCUCCAGUGCUUAGUGGGACAUUCAGCAAUAAAAACAGCAACCCAGAAGUUAACGCAAGAGGGCUUGUUUCCCCCCCUUCAGAAUAUCAAUAUUACCUCAAAAAUCUUUACAAACAGAUAUGCAAAACUGACAGUGUUUUAAUUUUGUAAUGGAUUUGUACUGUGAUCCCAGCCUUUCUGGUAGCAGAGCAUUGAUUCAUCCUACCCUAACCCUUAACGCCUUAUUUCCCAUCUGUUCAUGUGUAGGAUGAAAGAUUACAAGUAUCAUGAUAUGCAAGUGUCUUCUUCAAAGCACUGAAAUCUUAACGCCAGGAAUGCUGUUGAGGUUAACGGCUUGUCUGUAAAAUGACUGACAAUUAUU